GAUCCUCGUUAGUUCAGCUAAUUGCUCCAACAAGCUCCAACACUACUCGCAAUCUCGCCGCCUCUUUCGUUCUUCCUUUGCCGAACCCAUCCCGAGCUCGAUCGAUCCCCUCUCUCGCGGAGCCGGCGAAGCGGGAGGAGUCGCCCCACGUCCACGGCGAUGGCCGAGGAGGCGAAGAGCCUGGAGACGGCCCGGGCCGACCGAUCCGUGUGGCUCAUGAAGUGCCCGACCGUCGUCUCCCGCGCCUGGCAGGAGGCCGCCACCGCUGCGGCCUCCUCCUCCUCCUCUUCGGACGCCGCCGCUGGCGCCAACCCGAACCCUAAUCCCGUUGUUGCCAAGGUCAUCGUCUCCCUCGAUCCGCUCCGCUCCGAGGAGCAGCAGCUCCAGUUCAAGAUGGAGAUGGCUCAAAAAGGCAAUGGAAAUACACCAAAGAGUUACUCUUUGAACAUGUUCAAGGAUUUUGUGCCAAUGUGUGUUUUUUCUGAAUCCAACCAGGGAAAGCUUGCAUGUGAAGGGAAAGUUGGGCACAAGUUUGACAUGGAACCGCACAGUGAUAAUCUUGCGAACUAUGGGAAGUUAUGCCGUGAGAGGACUGAAAAGUCUAUGAUUAAAAACAGAAAGUUGAUGGUACUUGUGAAUGACAAUGGAAUGAGCAUGAGGCCGUUGCCUGGCUUGGUUGGUCUGAUGUCGUCUGGUCCAAAACAGAAGGAGAAGAAACCACUACCAGUAAAACCAUCAGACAUGAAAAGAACGAGAAGGGAUCGCAGGGAACUGGAAAAUAUUUUAUUCAAGCUUUUUGAGAGGCAGCCGAAUUGGUCACUUAAGAAUCUUAUGCAAGAAACUGAUCAACCAGAGCAAUUCUUGAAGGAGAUACUGAACGACCUGUGUUUCUACAACAAAAGGGGUCCAAAUCAAGGGACACAUGAACUCAAGCCUGAAUACAAGAAAUCUACAGAGGACGCUGAUGCUACCGCUUCUUGAAGUUUUAUCUUGCUUUGGUCUUUGGUCUACUUAAGUCUGUCCUUGACCAAUGUGGACUCCGACCGACAAACUUCGUUACUUGCUGCGUGCAAGGAGAUCCUAGAUACUUCGUUUGUUUCUUGAGAAACAUAUUUUGUACGCAUUAAGCGAUACAUUAUGCCAUUGUGGUGUUACUGGCUUCCAUAUGUCAAACUCAGAGUUCGGAUCGAGAUGCCCGGCUCCGAUAGAAUGUAGAAAAUUUGUGUGUAUAUUAGUAUUGGUUUUUCUUGGCAAAACUAAUAAAGAUGAUUCUCAUGAUCAAUUAAACACA